AAAAUGCCAUAAAAGGUUCAGAAAAAGGUGUGGUCACAGCUUUAUUGCAGUGUUCAGAGAUCUUUAAAUCGGGAUAGAGUCAAAGUUUAACAGAUACGUGGCUCCAGACCGAACUUCCUGCAGACACUUGACCAUCGCUGCUGCAGAGAAGACGACUCAUGGCUGGAAAGAGGGAGUGUAACAGGGCAGUGCUGGUGAGUGUUGCCGACUUUGACUUUGGAGUGCAGCUGGGAAAGAGGCCUGGAGCCCACCAGGAUGCCCAAAAACUCCACAAAACCCUCAUGAAACGGGGCUUUGAGGUGAAAAUCCACACCGAUCUGAGCAGUGAGGAGAUCUACCAGCUGUUUCUGGAAGAAAGCAAGAAGCCGGUGAAGGACUGUUUCCUGGCUGUGCUGUCAUCUCACGGGGAGGAGGGCUGCGUGUUCGGAUCUGACGGGAAACCUGUUCGACUGGCUACUAUCUUCACAUGUUUUGACAAUGAAUACAUGGAGAAAAAGACCAAGCUGUUUCUUAUACAGGCAUGUCGAGGAGAGGGUCUGGAUGGUGGAGUAGAGGUGGACUCAUCCGAUAGUCCCACAGACAGCAGCUUCUCACAGGCUCUGUCUGUACCAGUGGACUCCGCUGUCAUGUACGCCACCUCACCAGGGUAUGUUGCUUUCACCAAAGCUUCUGGGUCCAUCUUCCUACAGACCUUCUGCACUUUAUUAGAUGAUGAGAAGCAUCGCAACAUGGAGCUAAUUCGCUUCAUGACUCGCAUCUCUCACAGCAUCGCCUUCGGCUUCCAGGCCAAGGGUGCUUUUGACGGGAUGAAGGAGAUGCCGUGUCUGCUGACACGACUGACCAGGGAAGUGUUUCCGUUUGCAGCAUCGGGGAGAGAUGGAGGGGCUGCAGGAGUUUCGGCCACCUUGGCAUAGCGGAUGUCAGAGCAGAGACUUAUCUUAUGGAUCAGUUGGUGCAACACUCAAGCUUGUGACUGAUGUUUGGGAACAUAGUCAUUAUCAGCUGGAAUGUAGACGGGUGAAGGGCCAAACAUCCCAUGACCCAUUCUGCAGAAAUGCUGUUAUUAAGCUGUAUUUAAUGUAUUCUACAUGUUAUAUUUAAAUGUGGGCUUUUUAUUCGACCAUGUAAUAUUUACUGAUGCAUGCACAAUCUUAACCCCCCCCCCUUUUUUUUUUACUGGAAACUAACUUUUUACAUGUUGCUCUACAUUAUGAAGCACAAGCCUUUAGACUUACAUUGCUCAUUACCUCAGAGAUUACCUCACAACUAAAGAGCAGCAUUAAUCACAAAGUGCUUCCUGCUAUAGGAAACGUUUCCUAAGAACCGAACUAGAAGACACGUCUUUCCUUAUAACCGAGCACAAGAGGGAACCGUAAAGUGAAGAUUUUAGACAGAAACAAUGCAACACUAGAAUAUUCAAAACCAAAUCAGUCUCUGUCCUUAUCCUUUCAAAGAUACAUCCCAGGAAAAACUCUCAGCUAGUCUGGGUGUUCCUGGAACAUCAAAUAAAUGUAACAGAAAUAAAAGCAGCCAAAAGUGGAGGAAAACACAUUCUUAUGCUUCAUCAUGACGGAGUUCUAAACUGUACCCACCAAAACAAGUCAGACUUUAAAGUGAAAGUGGAUCAAGAGAUGAUUAAACCUGAAACUGCUUAACAUCAGUUUCUGUAAGUGAACAGCCCUAGAGUCCAGACAUCUAUGGAACCUGGCUCUGAUCCAGCCAGGAAAUAGACAGAGCCCGAAAAGACAAGCCUAUCUGAUUCAGGGUAAAGGUCUCAUCACAUAAAGAUCAGAAGGCGUCAAAGGGAGGAAACACAAGCUUCCGCUUCCUGCUGAACAAUCACACCCCACCUGGUAAGGCUUCGUUGGUAUUUAUCAGACGUGUUUUUAUCCCACUGAGGUCUUCAGCAGCCUUCUUUAAAGCCUCUCUGUGUAAAAAUGUUUAUUUUUCUUUGUCAGGCUCCAAGUAUACUUUACUUGUUGUUUGUAUUGCAUCUGAUGUUUUUAAAUUGAUCUUUAAUCAGAAUAUUUUCCCACUUUAUUCACUUAUAAUUUAGUUUGUAAAAGUAAAAUACAUGGUUUAGUUAUUAUGCUAUCUUUACCUUAAAUAGACUUAAGAGGACACAAUUAUUCUCUGUACCUGAGGUGCUUUCCCAUUACACUUUAACCCUCUCAGGCUCAAAUUUAGUGUUGAUAAAAGGAUGAAAAACUAAGUCCUUCAGGGGUACUUUUGAGUUAAAAAAUGCUCAUGAAAUACGUAUGUGGAGUAACCAGGUAGGCAAGUUUUAACGUUGCAAAUCUGCAACGCCUGCCUCCAGGGGGUUAACAUGCUUCCCCAGCUUCACAUUUAUUUUAAAUAGUGAUUUUUUUUAUUCUGUUGUUGAUUUUGUUCAUAACCUUUUGCAGGGAAGCAUUGUUGUUGUUUUUUUAUUGUUUCUCAUUUAUUUAUUUAUAACAUUUUCACUAUUUUCUAAAUAAAACUCUUGAAUAAAACAAUGUCUAAAAACAACGACAAAUGUGUUAAUUCAAUAAUCAACUUUUCGAAUCUUGUCUUGUUUUUAUUUUGUUUGGAGCUAUCUGAUAGAUCUCUGAGUUUUAGACGGGUAGGGAGUAUUUUUAACUUUUGUUCCUGAGUCUGAAGAGAUUUCUGUUAUUUUUUUAGACAAUCAUGGAGGUACAACGAGUCUGACCGGUGCUUUUAUUUGUGUAUUCAGUGUGAUUUUGGUUUACUUAAGAAGCAGAUGAACUGUCUGACUCCUCUCAGAAAUCCUCCCAAGCUUCACCUCCUGAUCAAGCACCACACACCUCCACCUGUCACAUUGCUCUCGUCACACCCGAGUCCGUGUAUGGACAUCCCCUCUCAGGCGUCAGCGUGAUGGAAGUUCCUGAACGUACUCAGAAAUACCUGAGUAAUCUAUAACUUUUAGCUUGUCACAAUUAAUCAACAGCUGCCUUCUGACUCAGCCGGCGGGUUUCCUGGUCUUACUCAGGACUUUUUAUGGAACUCAGGUAACAAAAAGGAAAUGAAAGGAACUCCAACAGGUCCACUGAUGAAAUCAGAGACACUGAUACGGAACUGCUUCUACAAAAGUCUGUGUUUUAAAUGGUGUUCACUUAUUUAGUGUCCUAGCUAGUUUUUAUUUUAGAUUAGAGUCUUGUUUCUUUU